AUGAGUUCCUCCUCCGCAUCGCAGGUUUUACCAGAGAAGCAAAAUCAGCAAGUGGAGAGAAUAUUAAAGGCCAGAAAUGAUGAAUAUGGAGGAGUCAUGGUGGAAAUGACCAAUGAGCCCAUGGAGGCUGGUGUCUUUCUUUGUUUGCUUAGAGCCUCGCUUUCCCAUUGGAGACAGCAGUGGGAAUUCAAGAUUUUCGGUGCUGAAGAUCUACAAAAGCUGCCCACAUUUCAUCCGGUAAAGCCGUGGUAUUGUUUUGAGUUGGGUCUUAUCAGUGGGAUGAGGCAAAAAGGGGUGAAGAGCAUAUUUCUUGGACUUUUGGUGUAUGUUCUUGUGAUAUCAGCUGCUGCUGAUGUCAAGCACUUGAAUAUAUAG